AUGAAGUUCGGAACCAAGCAGGUUUUCCUGCCUAACUUUUCUAUCGGUCUCCUUCGAAAACCCCACCUGCCGCCCAACUUCGUGCAGUUCAUUGUACCGCUCAACCUCAACAAGCUCGACUUGAAAGACUACCUUUACCAUGCAUAUGGUGUCGAGUGCCUGAGUGUACGAUCGUACAUUGAGCAGCAGAAAAUUCAGUAUUCUAAGCCGCAUCUGAUCAACAAAAGGUUGGAAUGGUAUCGGCCAAGGGCAAUCAAGAAGAUGACAGUAGAGUUGAAGGAGCCAUUCAUCUAUCCUGAGGAGCCGGAAAAUCUUGCACCAUGGGGUAAGGAUCGAGUCGAACAGGCAGAAAAGACGAAUAGGGAGUACCAAGAGGGCUUCUCACCAGAUGCGAAGAAGAAACCGAGCCCGGUAAGGUCGAAAUUAAGAGACCGAAUGGUGUAUUUCGAGAGCAUGCAGAACAGCGGGAAGGUGCAAACUGAAUCAAUCGAGGUUGAGAAGGAGCUGAAUGUUUAG